UUCCACAGUACGGAACUGAUUGAACGCAUUUUCCAGAUUGAAGAAGGGCAGGGCGCAGGGCAGCUGGCCCCGCAAAAAACAAGCGCUACUUCCCACAUCAUUGUUUGUUGCCCUCAGAUGAGAUUUAAGGGUUCACGCUGUCUUUACUCGGCUUGACGUCUCGUUCUCCGUCGCUCAUCCAAGUAUAUUACAGGUGGGGAAAAUGUCAGAUCCUGUAGUAGCAGAUACUCGCCGGUUGAAUUCCAAGCCCCAGGAUCUGACGGAUGCUUACGGCCCCCCAAGCAAUUUUCUGGAAAUAGAUGUUUACGAUCCACAAAUCGUCGGAGUGGGACGGAACCGCUACACAACUUACGAAGUUCGCAUGAGGACAAACCUUCCUAUUUUCAAAAUGAAGGAUUCUUGUGUGAGGAGAAGAUACAGUGACUUUGAAUGGCUAAAGAAUGAGCUGGAAAGAGACAGUAAGAUUGUAGUACCGCCUUUGCCGGGAAAAGCCCUGAAGAGACAGUUGCCAUUCCGUGGUGAUGAGGGUCUUUUUGAGGAGUCCUUCAUUGAGGAGCGGCGAUCGGGCCUGGAGCAGUUCAUCAACAGAAUUGCAGGUCAUCCCUUGGCCCAGAACGAGCGUUGUCUUCACAUGUUUCUGCAAGAGGAAACCAUUGACCGUAACUACAUUCCUGGAAAAGUAUGAAAAACUGAGGUUGUUCAAAGAGCUGUCCAGAACAGACAACAGAGACUGCUGCACCUGCGUUUAUUUCUACGUCGUGUAAAUCUAAAGCUGAUGGGACGGUCAAAGUGCAAAUUACCUACAGCAUAGUGGAGAAACACAUCUCCACACGACUGAAGUCCAUUGUAAAAAAUAAGUUCAUGUUGUGUCUUGAAUCAGUCAUUCCACAUACUCUGUACAUUAUUUUUGUCAUCAGUUAAGAUAAAAAUGCUAUAAACGCUAUAUUUUAGUCACGUCAUGAUUUAUUAAUGAUUAUUAUGCCUUCUGUAUAUUUUUCAGUGGAUUAGUUUCAGAGGAGUGUUUCUGCUUCCUUUGGUGUUUUUGCUAUAGAAACGGUGUGAUUAUUUUCAUGGUACACGUCCCAAAGUUAAGCAACAUGUAGCAUCCUGAAAAAUCAAUAGCAAAUGUUUUAUUACUCAUUAUCUCUCCAUUUGGCCCAGACAAAUCAGCUACUGGAAAUGAUGGCAUGUCUUAGCACUGUGAUAAACAGUUCAUCACAACCUGACUCAUUGUUUAAUUAAUAUUCAGAAUGUGUUUUGUUGGGGUGGGUACAGACGAUACACAACAGAAGGUUUAAUAUGUGCUUUUGUUUUUUCAUUUAAUGCUUUACUGAUAUUGUAAAGUUUAAUACUACAUGGUGUCACUACAGUUCCACAUUAUGGCAAGAAUCACCCUUGUUACAUCAGCCCACCAAUAAAUUUUCUGCUGCCUACUGCAUCCUGUCUCUUCUAGUUUUGGAGAAAUAAAAAAAAAUUAUUCCUAACUCA